CAACUCACAUUCGACACAAACACAGUGAGCAGAAAACUCAAACUGUCUGACAACAACAGGAAGGUGACACGUGAGGGGUAUCAGUCAUAUCCUGAUCAUCCAGACAGAUUUGAUGUCUAUUCUCAGCUGCUGUGUAGAAAUGGUCUGACUGGUCGCUGUUACUGGGAGGUCGAGUGGAGAGGAGACAUUUAUAUUUCAGUGAGUUACAGAAGAAUCAGAAGGAAAGGAGGCAGUAAAGACUGUGAGUUUGGAGGGAAUGAUCAGUCCUGGAGUCUCUACUGCUCUGAUGAUGGUCCUCGUUCCGUCUGGUACCAUAACAGAGGGACAUUCCUCUCCUCCUCCUCCUCUGGCUCUAACAGAGUAGCAGUGUAUGUGGACUGUCCUGCUGGCACUCUGUCCUUCUACAGAGUCUCCUCUGACACUCUGAUCCACCUCCACACCUUCAACACCACAUUCACUCAAACUCUUUAUCCUGGGUUUAGGGUAGGAUUCAGAAAGGAGAUUUCUGGAAUUACAGUCGGUUCUCGUGCCUCAGUGUGUCUGUGCUGAGUUGAGUGUAAAGAGUGUCCUCCUGUUAGAGAAACACUGACUCUUGAACAGAUAGUUCAGUCUGUACAUGUCUUUCAUUCAUGCAUUCAAUCAGUUGAUGUUUGAAACUUUUCUAAAUGAUUCUUUGUAAACUUCUUCCUCUUCAGUCCUUUAAAGAUGGAAGCUCCCAUUAUUCCAGGACCCACAUGUUGUUUUACUGUCUUUUUUCACUCAAAGCUUCACAGUGAAUCUCAGUAUGUUGUGUUUCUCUGAAGCUCAGUUCACAACCAGCUCCUCUGCAUUUUCGACAAGUCUAAGCUCAUUAAAAUGAGUCCAAAUGUUUGAUUUCUCUUUCUUAAUGGGAUUUUCCAUCAUGGCUGUA